UUAUAAUUUCUUUAAUGACAAAAAAAAAAUAAUAAUUAUUGAAAUUUGGGCUAACAUGUGAGAAAUAUAUACAUAGAUACAUAGAGCAUUGUGUGCAUGAGCGAGAGUUGUGUGAGUCAUAAAUCAUCAGAACGGAAAGAUGGGUUGGGCAAUAGCUCUACACGGCGGCGCCGGCGACAUUCCAUAUUCACUUCCACCUGAACGCCGUCAACCACGUGAAGAAGCACUCCUUCACUGCCUCCAAAUUGGUGUCAAAGCUCUCAAAUCCAACACGCCCCCUUUAGAAGUCGUUGAACUUGUUGUUCGUGAGUUAGAGAAUAUUCCACACUUCAAUGCUGGAAGAGGAUCUGUUCUUACCACCAAAGGCACUGUUGAAAUGGAAGCUUCUAUAAUGGAUGGUAAGACUAUGAAAUGUGGAGCUGUUUCUGGUCUUACCACUGUUGUCAAUGCUGUUUCUUUGGCUCGUUUGGUUAUGGAUAAUACUCCUCAUAUUUAUUUGGCUUUUCAUGGAGCUGAGGAUUUUGCAGCACAACAAGGCGUUGAGACUUUAGAUUCAAGCUAUUUCAUUACUCCAGAAAAUAUUGAAAGACUAAAUCAGGCAAAAGAAGCCAAUAGGGUCCAGAUUGAUUAUACUCAACCCAUCCAAAAUGAUACUGAGAAGGAAACACCAUUUGCUAAUGGUGAUAGUCAAAUUGGAACUGUUGGGUGUGUGGCUGUUGAUAGUAACGGAAAUCUAGCAUCUGCAACAUCAACUGGUGGAUUAGUGAACAAAAUGGUUGGUAGAGUCGGCGACUCGCCUCUCAUAGGUGCUGGUACAUAUGCCAAUGAAUUUUGUGCAGUUUCGGCAACAGGAAAAGGCGAAGCGAUAAUACGUGGGACAGUAGCAAGAGAUGUGGCUGCUAUGAUGGAAUUCAAAGGCCUUUCUCUGAAGGAAGCUGCAAAUUGUGUUGUACACGAGCGCACACCAAAGGGCACUGUUGGUUUGGUUGCUGUUUCUGCUUCAGGAGAAGUUGUAAUGCCUUAUAAUACCACAGGCAUGUUUAGAGCAUGUGCUACUGAAGAUGGAUAUUCUGAAGUUGCCAUUUGGCCAGCUACUAAAAUUGAGUGAUCUUGAGACUUUUCUGAUUUCCAAACUUAAUUUAACUAUGUAUGACAUUUAUGUUGAUGAUUCAUGCUUGGUUGUUAUAUCAUAAGGAAAUCUAUUUGCUUGUCAAGAUAGAUAUUGUUGAUUGGUCCCUAGCAUAGUCUUCUUUGGUGCUUUAUUAUA